AUGGUUUUACUAUUUUACAGGGAGAGAAUGAAGAGACUACGGUUACUAAUUCUAAUCCAAAAAAUUAUGGAAGUUUGUAAUAUUUUGGGUUGGAAUGUUAGGGGCAUGAAUAAAAAGGAUAAACAAAGAGAUAUCCUUGAUGUUUGUAGAGAGAAUAAGGUAGGUUUUGCUGCUCUCUUUGAGACCAAAGUGAAGCAUCAAAAAGUAGUUGAUGAUGUUGUAAAUAAUUUUCCAAAUUUGGAAAUCUUUUCUAGUGAGAUAAUUUCGAGAAGAAUUCUUCUGUUGUGGCAAAGGAAGUUUGUUAGUGUGGACAUCUUGAUAGAGGACCCUCAACUUAUUCAUUGUAAAGUGAGAAUCCGUGGGUUGCAGAUUGCUUUUUUUGUUACUGCAGUGUAUGGGUUCAAUUCUAUAAAUGAAAGGAAGGACCUUUGGAGCAAGUUACAGAGUCUUGGACAGAAUGUGGAACCUUGGGUUAUUUUUGGAGAUUUCAAUGCAAUGUUCCGCUAUAAUGAUAGAACUGGAGGGAAUCCUGUGUCUGCUAAAGAUAUUGAAGAUGCUCAACAAUGGCUCUCGAAUGGUGAAGUUGAAGAAUUUAAAUGUGCGGGAUCCCACAACACCUGGUCCAAUAAACAUGAUGUUGGGGAUAGGAUUUACUCUAAGUUGGAUAGAGUGUUUACUAAUAGUAGUUGGUAUCAAUCUUUCCCCAAUACAGAUGCAAUCUUCAAAUGGGACAAUGUUUCUGAUCACAUGAUGGGAGGAUGGCAGCGUGAAACUAAGAAGGAGGGUCUUGAUGCUGUGAACAUAAAGCUGCUAAGAGUUAAACAUGUUUUGCGUAGAUUCAGCAAGGAUUCGGUGGGAGAUGUUACUAGAGAUUUCAAGAGGGCCAAAGAGGAUCUUUACCAAGCUCAAGAGGCGCUUGCUAAAAACCCUACAGAUAUCACUUUACAGCAGAAAGAGAAGCUCAGCCAGGUAACUUUUACUACAACUCAUGCUAAGUAUAUUAGCUAUCUGCGACAACAAAGUAAAAUAACUUGGGUGAGAUGCAAUGAUGAGAAUUCCAACUAUUUCCAUGCUAGUAUGAGGAAAAGAAAACUUGAGAACAGAAUUACUACCUUCUCUAUUGGCAGCCAUGUUGAAGAUGAUUGUGGGAAGGUGGUAAAUCAUUUUCUUAAUCACUUUAAGAGAUUUAUGGGCAGCAGGAGCUCAGUCAUAGCUGAGAUUGAUUUGGACUGCAUUCAAUAUGGUAACUUACUUGAUUUGGAGCAGCAAGUUAAUCUCAUCAGACGUUUCACUAGAAAAGAUGUUAAAAAGGCUUUGUUCAGCAUACAUUCUACUAAAAGCCCCGGGUUAGAUGGUUAUGGGUCAGGCUUCUUCAAGGCCCUUUGGAAUCAAAUUGGAGGGGAAGUCUCGUCUGCUAUUUUGGGUUUUUUUUUCAGAAUGGGAAGUUACCUCCAUUCCUUAAUGAAACAGUUAUCUCUCUUGUCCCUAAAGUUGAGGAUCUUAAAGCGGCCAUUGACUUUAGACUGA